AUGCAGUCUAUCCGGAUCGACGCCCCCCUUCUCGCAUCUCACACUUCAAAGACCGUUCGUCUUAUGGGCCGUCUCUCUGCUCCGACAACCUUGGACGCCAACGGCGAGAUUGCCCUCCAAAAUGCUGAUUCUUACAAUUUAAUAGUAGAUAACUACUACGAAAUCAUAGGCCUUGUCCAGAAAGACCUCUCUGUUUCCGUACUGCAGGCUUUUGACUUGGGUCACGAUUUCAACAUGAAGGCAGCUACAAAGUUGGUGGAAAUCGUACACAAGUUCCCGGAGAUUUAUCACGACGUAUAG